UCUGAUCCUGCAAUUUCAAUUCCAGCUUCAAUCAAAACCCUCUUCUUCUUCCUUCUUCUUCUUCAAUUCCAGCUCAAUUCGGUUUCAACCUCACUCUCUUACUCACUCACUCUCUCUCCGUUAUUGCUAAUUUGGCGGGAACUAACCGUCAAUUCCAAUAACCCCUUUCAUCGGAAUUUCCUUAGAUACAACAAUUUCCAACGUUUUCAUUUGGGGUUACAACAUUUCUGAUUACCAACAGCUAGAAUUAGGGUUAGGUUAUCGAUGGCGAACCCAUCUGGUACCGGUAAUCAUCAAGAGCAAGUCAAUCCUUCUUCUUUUAACGGAAAUUCGGUUCCCGAAAGUUCUUCAGGUCUUGCUAUGAACAUGAAGCAUAAUCCAGGCAUAUCCCUUGAUUGGACUCCUGAAGAACAAGCUACUCUUGAAAAUGGACUCUCCAAGUAUGCCACAGAAUCUAACAUAGUACGCUAUGCUAAGAUAGCCCUACAGCUACAGAAUAAGACAGUCCGGGAUGUGGCGCUGCGAGUCAGGUGGAUGAACAAGAAAGAAAAUAGCAAGAGAAGGAAGGAUGAUCACAAUUUAUCACGAAAAAGUAAAGAUAAAAAGGAAAGGGUUUCUGAUCCUGCAGCAAAAUCAUCUCACUUUGCUGCUCGGCCCAAUGUCCCUCCAUAUGCGCCACCAAUGAUUACAAUGGACAACGAUGAUGGCAUCUCUUAUGCAGCAAUUGGAGGUCCCACUGGUGAGCUAUUAGAACAAAAUGCGCAGGCCUUGAGCCAAAUUUCUGCAAAUCUUUCUUCUCUUCAGAUACAAGAGAACAUCAAUCUUUUGUGCCAAACUAGAGACAACAUCCUUAGAAUAAUGAAUGAGUUGAAUGAUUCACCAGAGGUGAUGAAGCAAAUGCCACCUCUUCCAGUGAAGAUGAAUGAAGAGCUGGCCAAUUCCAUACUUCCAAGAACACCUCUCCCACCACAAUCAUGAUGCUUUCGAUGAACUGGCUUGUCUCUUAAUUGUUUCUGCCUGCGGUAGAACUAAUCAUAUUCUGCCUUCAAUCAGGUGAAUAACUGCCAGUCAAGUUGACCCAAGAUUUCUUUUGAAAAAAAGGAGAAAGAAUGAAUAAUUGUUGAUAGUCGUCAAGUUGAAUUAGUUUCCAUAUUUUUUUUCUUCAGAUGUUAGCUGCUAUUGUUCCUUUGUUUUGUUCUAACUUAGUAGUACUAUAGGAAUUAUUUUGUAUUCAUGGUAUUUAUUCAGUUAAAUUUAGGCAAUGAGAGCAAUAAGUUGUGGUAUAAUUUUAUUUAUCGUUCUUGUUAAUGUUGUUGGUGCAUUUUAUCAUGCAUAUUGUAUCAAAUGGUACAUAUUUUUACCAUGUUUGAUUUCCUCCUAUCCAUUAAUUGAAAAUGGAAUGGGUUGGGGAGCUUCCAUGGAAAUGUCAUAAUUGUAUUAUGUGCAUAAGCAUGGGUGAAACACAAGUUUUACCAUCAUGUUAAUAAGGUGUGCUAUUGGUGGAUC